CUCUCUCUCUCUCUCUCUCUCCAUCACCUCUCCAUCAUCAUCUCUUCAUCAUCAUCAUCACCUCUCCAUCCCGGCUGCGCUCUCGGCCUGCGGCCUCGGCUCUCCGCCUCCGCCUGCCGCGGGGGACCCCCCCGACCUCAACCCUAGACCUCCCGGGCCCACAGCCAUGUCGGCAGAGAAGUCAGGGCUUCAGGACUCGGUCCCUCACACGUCCCCUCCCCCUUACAAUGCCCCCCAGCCCCCGGCGGACCCCCCGGGUCCCCCUUCCCAGGCGGCGGCCCCGUCGUCGGCCUCUCACCACCACCACCACCACCACUACCACCAGUCCGGCACGGCCACGCUCCCUCGGCUCGGCGGGGGCGGGCUGGCCUCCGCCUCGGUGCCCCCCGCCAUGAGGGGCCCCGCUUCCUCCGCCACGCUGCCUCGUCCCCCGCACCACGCCCCUCCCGCCCCGGCUCCCGGCUGUGCCACCCUCCCCCGCCUGCCCCCGGACCCUUACCUGCAGGAGACCCGCUUUGAGGGGGGUCUGCCCCCACCGCCCCCCGCUGCUGCGGCCCCGCCCCCUCCAGCCCCGGCCCCCCCGGCCCCUCAGGGCUUCGUGGUGCCCACGCACCCGGGCACGGUCGGGGCCCUGCCCCUGGGUGGGUACGUGGCCCCGGGGUACCCGCUCCAGCUCCAGCCCUGCACCGCCUACCUGCCUGUCUACCCAGUGGGCACGCCCUAUACGGGCACAGGGACGGCGGGGACAGCGGGGGUAGGGGUGCCCUCUGGGACACUGUCCCCUCCCCCGCUGGGCCCCGGCCUGGCCCUGUUGGAGCCACGCCGCCCGCCCCACGACUACCUGCCCAUCGCCGUGCUGACCACCGUCUGCUGCUUCUGGCCCACCGGCAUCAUCGCCAUCUUCAAGGCCGUGCAGGUGCGGACGGCGGUGGCCCGGGGGGACCUGGUGUCGGCUGAGAUCGCGUCCCGCGAGGCCCGGAACUUCUCCUUCAUCUCCCUGGCCGUGGGCAUCGCCGCCAUGGUGCUCUGCACCAUCCUCACCGUCGUCAUCAUCAUCGCCGCCCAGCACCACGACAACGACUGGGAACCCUAGGCGACCCCCGCCCCCCGCCCCCCCAGCCCUGCUCGUCGCCCCUGGACCCCUCCA